GUACUACAUCAUCGCAUCUGCGCGACAGGACUCCCUUUGCAGGGGACAGUAACAAGCCGAAGAAGCGGUGGACACACUGAUACGAUGGAUUUCAAUCUCAAAAAGCUUACUUCUGAUGCAGGAGUCUUCUUCACCCGUGCAGUCCAGUUCACAGAAGAGAAGUUGGGCUCUGCGGAGAAGACUGAGCUCGAUGCCCACUUGGAGAAUCUGAUCGCCCGGGCCGACUGCACCAAGAACUGGACUGAGAAGAUCUUCAGGCAAACAGAGGUCUUGUUGCAGCCCAAUCCAAUUGACCACACUGGUGCGCGUAUAGAGGAGUUUUUCUAUGAGAAGUUAGAUAAGAAGAUCCCAUCCAGGACAACCAAUGGAGAGCUGCUGGGACAGUAUAUGCUGGAUGCUGCUAAAGACUUUGGCCCAGGGACCCCAUAUGGCAGUACCCUGAUCACGGUGGGGGAGUACCAGAGUAGACUGGGCGGGGCGGAGAGGGAGUUCCUCCAGACCUCGGCUAUCAACUUCCUCACUCCUCUCCGCAACUUCCUGGAGGGAGACUGGAGAACCAUAUCUAAAGAGAGACGUCUCCUGGAGAAUCGGCGGUUGGACCUGGACAUCUGUAAAGCACGUGUCAAGAAAGCCAAGCAGGCCGAGGCUAAAGCGGCGGCCGAGCCCGAUUUUCAGGAGACUAGGCCUCGAAAUUAUGUUCUGUCUGCGAGCGCAUCUGCGCUGUGGAGUGAGGAAGUGGACAAAGCGGAGCAGGAGCUGCGUGUGGCUCAGACAGAGUUUGACAGACAGGCCGAGGUCACCCGGCUGCUACUGGAGGGCAUCAGCAGUACACACGUCAACCACCUGCGCUGCCUGCAUGAGUUUGUGGAGGCCCAGGCUACAUACUAUGCCCAGUGCCACCAGUACAUGCAGGAGCUGCAGAAAGAACUGAGCAGUGCUAACAGCGAUACGUACCCAAACUCUUUUGCCUCGAACGCCAACCCGUCCACCUCCGCCACAUCCCCCUCCCCCGUCUCCUCUGCCACCCUGCCAGGGGUCUCACCCCCAUGCCUGGCCUCCACCUCCACCCCUGGCAUCGCUCGGGAGCCUUCUGGCCCGCUGAAAAUCCAGGAUGUGCAGCAGCCUUCCACAGGCCACCGCAAGGCCAAGGUCCUGUAUGACUACGACGCCCACGACACUAGUGAGCUCUCCCUACUGGCCGACGAGCUCAUCACUGUCUACACAGUGCCAGGCAUGGACCCAGACUGGCUCGUGGGAGAGCGGGGCAACCAGAAGGGCAAGGUGCCCGUCACCUACCUGGAGUUGCUGAGCUAGAUGGACCCACGUAGGGACACACACGUACACACACGUCCUCAAACGCACACACGCACGCUCGCACACACACAUGCACACAUGCCUCUACUCUAUGGUCUCAUGGCACAGGAGGUUGGUGGCACCUUAACUGUGGAGGACGGGCUUGUGGUAAUGGCUGGAGUGGAAUAAGUAGAAUGGUAUCAAACAUGGAAAGAUGCCAUUCCAUUUACUCCAUUCCAGCCAUUAUUAUGAGCCGUCUUCCCCUCAGCAGCCUCUGCUGUCUCAUGGUGCGCAACACACUUACUUUGGUCUCUAUGCCAAUUCAAACGCAUAUGCAAAAGGAUUCAAAAGCUAAAUGAGUAUGGAUCUAUAGCGCAUCAGAAGGGGAACAGUCGUAAAAAUACAGUGAAUAGUCUAUAUUCUAUCUCUAUAGUUGCUCUUUUCCCACUAGCUAUUUGGAAUCCAUCCACCUUGCACGCUCUAUUUUUCUCAUUGAGAAAUGACAGGAGCCGCUCAAAUAAGGUGGCAUAUCUGGGAAUAUAGUGUAUAUAAUAGACCGGGUUUGAACUCUCAAUAUAUAGAGGAAAGGUCCUUAUUGUUUUUAGUUUUUCAACCAAGCUAAUUUAGUCAUAGUUAGUCACCAUUACUUUGACAUUUCAAAGCCAUGAAGAAGAAGAAAAGUAAAACAGCCUAUAAAAUCCCCCAGCUGUAGGCCUGUAAUGCAAACAUAAUCCAGGGUGACUCAAAUAUUUAUCUCUCCAAUGUGUAAUUAGCCAUUGGCUAUCACAGCAUAAAAAAUUAAUCUUGAAAGAAAGAGACCGCUGUACAGUAUGCUAACAGAAUGUGACUCAUAUUGACUGAGUCAAAAACGGGUGAUGAAAGACUAGAGGAAUAGUUGAAUUUCAGUUAUGUUUUCUGACUGGUUGCAUUCUGUUUAUGUACGUACUGUAUUUACGUGGCUUUUAUUUCUUAGGUAUCACUGUUUUACUUUUUUGCGAGUGUUUCCCCAUCUUGCCCUAUUUGUGAGGAAAAGGACAAAACCAUGGUAACUUUAUUAAACUAACGGUUAAACUAAGGUUUAUGCAAAUCAAAGUAUUGCGUUGCUCUCUCAGUGGGUUGGUCCGUUGUUGAUGUUUGCGUGUCAUUUUAGUUUUUGUUUAUCCACUCUGGUUGCUGAAAUGUUUAUUUUUCUCCAGGAUGUUUGUCGCGUUUCGGGUGUGUUUUACUAGCUAUCAGGUCUUAUUGUUUGUCUUUUUGAAUUUGUAGAUGUUUUGAAAUUAGUGUAGUUGUAUGUAAUAAGUUCAGACCUGUGGUUUCCUUUCCUCCCUGAUCUCCCUUUACCCCUGUGUGGGUCGCCAUCUCUCCCUGAACCCCUCAACAUUUCCUCCUGUCAGUGUGACCAAUAUGCUGUUGUAUGAUUAUUGUAUGAAUGGAACUUGAAGAAAAUAAACGACAGCUUGUUUAAAGUGAUAAAAUAA